AUGCAAGAACGGCUUACCAAAAAUUUACCUAAACCUGUUGCUCCGCCAACCACCAGUCCUGCACCCCGCGCUCAUAACCAUGAGCCUUCCACUUCUAUUUCUGGGCACCCACAAAUGCUGUCUGUGACAUCCACCAUGCCAAAAAGAUCGACUGCUUAUUUAAGAGAUACGGUAACUAAUCAGCUCACACAUGAGGCUGUAGUCGAGGAUGGUAGCACAGCGCUUCCUUGGACUCAAUCACCUACUGUCCAAGCCUCCCACCGUAACCCCUUCUCCUGCACCACUUCCCGAGCUUCUUCUUUUCGCCCUUCUUCUACACACCUGCCCGAACCAAUACUCCCUCAUAAGAUAAUCCGUAGCCCAUCUAACCGUGCAACCCAUUUCUUUGACAGGAUCUCUAAACCGCAAAUACCGUUACGUAAUCAUAGCCCCUGUCAAGUUCCGCCCCUCAAGAGACCCGCGUAUCAUAAGCCUGGGAUCCCUUUUCGGCAACUACCUACCACACCACAGCCUCCGCCCCCUCCAAAGCCACGACCUUUAGUUUGUACCCUGCCACCUCCCCUUAACUUGAAUCCCUUACCAAGUAUAAAAUCAACCUCGUUACAGACUCCGCAACUCUUGCAACCUCUUAGUGUCUCCCCCAGCUCGUACGAACCUACGUCAAUACUUCCUCCUGGACACCAUAUGCAGAGCUCGGUGGUUCCGGAGGUCGGAAGCGUUCAUGUGAUGCUCGAUAAUAAUGCAAUUCCGGGAUGGAAAAAAUGCCGCGCAGCUCAGAUUCUCCUCUGCUCUACUGAAAAUUUCAUACCUUAA